AUCAGAUGUUGAAAUGUCAGAAUCAGAUGUUUGUUUCCCCGUUUGUCAAAAUGUAAUAAGAAGUGGGGUUGAUUGUAGAGCUUUUGUUUAUCUAUGUAAUUCGUAUUUUCUAGUGUAAAAUAUUGAAAAUUUUGUCAUAAAAAAUCUUGGUAAAAAUGGGUGCACUAUUGACUACAAGACAGCAUGAUGGUGUUGAGGAAGUGGACAUUGUGUCCAAUCAUGCAUAUAAGUAUCCUCCAAGAUCAGGGAAUUACUUUGGAAGUCAUUUCAUAAUGGGAGGAGAACGGUUUGAUACACCACAACCCGAGUCAUAUCUGUUUGGAGAAAAUUCUGACCUCAAUUUCCUUGGUAGUCGGCCUACACCUUUUCCAUAUCCUCCACCUCAGCCAAAUGAGCCAACAAAAACAUUAAAAAGCCUAGUCAAUAUAAGAAAAGAGUCAUUGAGGUUUGUCAGAGCCACAGGCGAUUACACAAAAGUGAACCUUGAUAAAGCUGACUAUAGAGAUGUUGAAUUAGGUACAAACUCCUGUUUUAAUAUAGAGUUCACAUUUGAUUGUGAUAUUAGGUGUGCUAUAACAAUUUACUACUUCUGCACUGAAGAUUAUACUGCUAAUGAUCCAUCAUUGGUCUCUGAAACAUUCCAUUAUCCAAAAGGAUCUAACCAGCAGUUUUGUCAACCUACACAUGUAUUCAACCCAGCUAAAUUCCCUGAAGACGAUCUACUUUAUGAUGUAGAUAGAGAACUAAUUCCUAUUGCAAUACACUGUGUUGCAGAUGAAGGACCAGAGGAUGUGAGGCAGUCUCAUACAACUAUAGCUACAGUAGAAAAAAUUACAGAUGGAACUUACCUACUAAAAGCGUUGAAGCAGAAAUUAUUUGUGGAUGGCUUAUGCUAUUUGUUGCAAGAAAUUUAUGGAAUUGAGAAUAAAAAUAAUGAAAAGGCUGGAGGUGACGAUGAAACAGAAGACAAUGGCUCUGAAUGUGUCAUAUGUAUGUGUGAUGUAAGAGAUACACUUAUUCUGCCAUGUCGUCAUCUGUGCCUGUGCAAUUCAUGUGCCGACUCCUUGCGAUAUCAAGCUAACAAUUGUCCAAUUUGUAGGGCGCCGUUCAGGGCCCUUCUUCAGAUUCGCGCCCUUCAAAAAAGUGCUAAUUCCAACUUAGCACCAAUAAGUGCACCAGACGGAAGUUGCGAUAACAUCCCACCAGGAUAUGAAGCAGUAUCUCUGAUAGAAGCUUUGAAUGGACCUUGUAUCCCUCGGCAGCCACCGUCUGCCAUGCCUGAUCUUGUCGAAACACCUGAAAAUGAGCAUGCUGUACAAGCAGCCCAAAUAUUAAAUAGGCAAUGUGAUAGAGGAAGUGAGCCUUCCAGUCCCGAGUACGGUCUUUCAACUGCACCACGGCGUGACGAAGAGAACAAAGAGACGAAGUAUCCACUUUUGGAAAAAGAAACUCGAAUCAAACAUCGCUCCCGAGACAGCGUCAAAUUGGUCAAUGAGAAAUUGGAGAAAGAUGAGAAUGCUGAUGAAGAUAGUGAAGCUGAAAAGUUAUCGCCACUACUUCAAAAGAUUGAUACGUCUGGUAGAGGAACCAAUUUGGCUUUAAAUAUGGUAGAUGUAGUAGACCCUAUUGAUGAUGCAGAUACAGACCAAGAGGAACAUAAUAUACAAGUUAAAGAAAAAUCUAAACCUUACGGUGGUGAGCGCAGUGAAGACUCAGACUGCUAUUACACCCCUGAUGAGCCUGCUCCAGCUGCAGGUACCCUCUACGAGGGAGGUUCAUUGGAAAGUACACCUCAACGUUUGCCUGGUACUCCAAUGUCUCACGCAAGUGCUAGAAGCAGUCAGGAUAGUUAUGCAAGUGGGUCUAGCACUAGACAUCUUUUGGCAGUAGCUGGCAACGGAGGUCAAGCAAAUGGAGAUCGCGCAGUGAACGUCUAGGGGUGCGUUGCGUGCUGGGCAGACCGCGGCUAUGGCACGUAUUUAUAGGCGGUAUGAGAAUAUUUGAAAAAUUUGGAACUUGAUGAAAAUACGCACAAGUAAAUUGAUGUUGAAAAUAUACAUACGCUCUAAGCAUCCAACAGAACAAAUUAUCCUGCUGCCAUGCAUUUAAGAUAAAUGUGUGAGUGGGCGUUAUAGCUAUUGGGUCAGUUAUUGUGGUUAAAAUCGUGAUAGAUGCAGUGCAAAAACGGUUAACGAUAUAUGCAUCUUUGUACAUUUGUAUCUUGAAACUCAUGGAUGGAAAAAGAGCAAAUUACUUUAGGCUAUGACCAAAUAAAUUGAAAAGAAAAACAUAUGCAAACGAAGUAUAGAAAGUUUUAAAUUGAAAAGUGAAGCGUCACCCCUUAGCGUUUUGUUUGGUGAAAGAUUAACUAAGUUUAGGUUAUAAAAUAUAUUUAUCCAUUUUGUAAGUACAGUAAGAGAAAGGGGUGCUUACCUAAAAUGUAUCUUUUACGUAAUUCUAAUUGCGUGUGCUUCCUAACUGUCUAUUGGUUGAGCACAAAUAUUAUGUCAAAUGUGUUUUCUGUUUCAUUAUUGGAUUUUCUUGUUGCAUUCCUAUAUUUCGUCUGAUGGUAACUUGGUAUCUUCUGUUAUGCUGCAGAGCAAAUCGAGGCGUCUAAUGAAAUAUGGGAACAUAACAGCUGAGGCUUCGAGAUUAUAUAUAUAUCCACUAUAUUUUUACUGUCAUAAAUAAGAAUUUUAAGAUGUGUAGUUUUAAGGAAACAACCAAGUAAUAAUUUAAGUCUAAAGGCUCUUGUAUAUACUCAUAAAACACAUUGUUUGUUCAAUACUUUAGGCAAUACCGUAAAUUUACUAUAGGAAAUCUUUAUUUUUUAUUUAUAAUAUGUCAAUGUUUAUACAACUUUUUAUUCUAUAAAAACACUUUUAGUUGCUGAGUGAAUAUAAUAAGACAAAAAUCUCUUAUUUUAACACCCAUAUAAUUAAAAUAUUUAUUAAUUUCCUUCAUAUCCCCGAAAUAUCAAUAACUUUAUACCGUUCCACUUCUUGAAUAAUUAAGUUUUCAGACUGUAUGCUGUUAAUGUUAGAAAAUCAUUCACUAUUUCCAGAAGACACCACACUCCACAGAUCGGAGGUCUUAAAAAGAAUAAGUAUUAACACGAGUUACAAUGUGUUUGUUACUUUUCCCUGGAUAUAUGGAUGAAAACGUUUCAUCUUCGUAUUUUCCUAGCCAAUGCAUGAAACCACACCAGCACACCACAAAUUUGUUUUCCUGGAGUCAUCUUGUUUGAAGUAUAGUACCCAAAAAUAAAACAAUAAAUUGACUUUGCUUUAAAACUUUAUAUUCAAAAACGACUGACUGGGCGGGUAGCCAAAACAUUGGCAAAUUAAUUUAGUAAACGUUUGUUUUCCCCACUGUACCCACUUUUUCAAAAAUAUAAGUUUCCUUUUUUAAUGUAGUCGAAAUUUGAGGCGAAGAAGGCGGCUCCGUCGGAAAGAUAUUGCCUAUCAGUGUUUUUUUAUAUUUUCGCGAGAAGCUCCAAAACAAGGUCCAAAAUGUUACGCAAAAGGUGAUCUACAGUUUUGAAUCGACUCCCUUCGAUUAUCGAUUUAGGUGACGACUUAUUUUGCAUUUGUGAAUCAACCCAAAAUAAACGUCAGUAAAAUAAUUUCCACAGAUGUGGUUUUAAUUAGCGGUCAGACAAUAUGGACUUCUAUUAGCAUGAAAAUCAUGAAAUAAGUUUCACAUGUUACAAUAGCUCAAAAUGUUGAAUUUUUUAACAUUUUUUCUAUAUGUAACCAAUAUAGAAGUUUCCAUGGUUGCAGAUGGAAAUAAAACCAUUAUUCUUGAUUCUUUAUUUGCCAUGUAUUGAUUAAAUGCACACUACAAACGAUAUUCUGAUUUUGUGAAUCUAGCGUGAGAGUUUUUAUGGUUUUUAGAGAUGAACAAAAUUUCAUGCACUAAGUGUAAACAUAAAAGUUAAAUAAAUUAUUUAAAUAAUGUAUAUAUUUUUAUGUAUAUCUAUGAACACAGGAUCCAAACCAACGAUUGUGUCUAUCAUAUAGCUUUUUGAGGUUUUUGUCAAAAUAUUUUGUUUGCUGCUCUAACGUCAGACACAUAAAUUCAAUAUAAGAGGCAUGUAUUACUGAACAAAUUUUUGCGCUAAACGCUCCCCAUGCAUGAAUUAAUGUUUGUGUAUCGGCUCACUGACAUUUGGUGCUUCACAUGCGAAAUUUUCCUACCGGAAAUUUGAACCCGGAUUAUUAUAUAUAUAUACAAUAUAAACCAUGAUGCGCUGAACGCAUGACCACUGAUCACUCAAUAACUUACAAUGUCUCGUAGGAGCAGCCACUAAGGUCACUUGUGCCAUUGUUUUUCCCCAGUUAGAAUACGGGGCAUUGUUAGACACAUAUAGGAGUAUAUAAAAAUAAGGUCACGCAAUCCAAAACGUGGUCGUUUGGUAGCAUGAUCUAUGAAAAUUGCCACAGCUACGAUUCUCCUCCCUGCAAUAAUUAAAUAAGUUUGAAAAGGUUAGUGUAUCAUAGAUGGCGCUGUUGGCAUGAAGCUAUAUGGUCAUAUAUAGUUGGCUACAGCGCCAUCUAUGCGAGACACUGACCGUUUUGAAGUAGAUUUCUAAUUAUUGCAGAGAGCUGUGACAAAUUCUUAUACAUAAAGAUACCUCAUUUCAUGUCGGAUGAUUUUUCGGACAAAUAUAGGAUUAUGUUGGUUGUCUUCAGGUGGAAUACGUUCGUUAAUCAAUAGCAUUUCUGAAUUCAAUAAUUUUUACUGUUAGAAAUUGGUUUUUACUCCACUAAAACUAGACUAGUUUUAAAGUAGUAUUAUUUGAAUAACUACACAAACUGAUAAACAUUGAAGACCUUGCGAUAUCGGAAUACUACUGGAUUAUUAAAAAAAUGUGUAAUCAUAAAAUAGGUUUGUUAUUAAAAAGGGAGACUGGUUCCGAAGAUAUAUGGAAUAACCGAUUUACGACCAUUUUUUUAUAUGGCGUCCAACCUGAUUUUCUCUUUCUCUUAUAGUUGUACAACAAUGCCCCGCUUUCAAACUGAGGGUAUAUAUUACGGCAAACGUGUUUUUAGAGGCUGCUCCAAGACUAAUGUAUAUGUGUGGUAUUUUUCAAAAAGCUACAAAAAAUCGAUAUUAAAAUAAAUACAGCACAAAUGUUUAUUAUAAUUUAUUUAUAACUGUCGUAUUUUAGGGACAAUUGCAAAAGAUUUAACUAACACUCCAUUUUAACAUUUUUUUUCGUUUUUAAUGUGACAAUUAUUAAUGUUAUAUGUAUAAGUACUUAUUUUGUUAAUUGCAACUAAUGCAGAAGUUGCAUUUUCUCAUAAUAAACGUUAAAUCACUAGUUCAUGACGUUACGAUUUUUUUUCGUGAUUUCGAGCGAAAUUGUAACUCGUAUCGAAAACAUAACUACGAUAUAUUUAAGCGGAUGCCUGUGUCCUUCCGACAAUUUACACUGUCGCUAUUGUUUAGAACCCAAUAUUUUUUCAUUCUAUAUUAUUCUAAAUCAAUGUAGUUUUUCCAGUUUUCUAUUGCAGAAGUUAGCGAUGUUGCUAAAUCGUUGAAAUCAACCAAAUCCGAUGUGCUGUUAGUACUGACGAAGUUUCUAUCAUUAUGAUCAAUAUCAAUACUAACUUACAUUACUCACAUAAUUAAUUGUUGUCUAGAAUCGGGUUACUUCCUUAAACAAUGGAAGAAAUCAAUAACUGCACCUGUACCUACAAACUUCAUUGCCAUCAAAUAUAUCUAAUUUGCCUCCAACCAGCUUAUUUCCUUUUUUUUUCUAACCUGCUAGACAAAAUUGCAAUCUGGCUUUCGCGCUUGUCACAGUAACGCAACAUCAC